ACACUUACAGCGCCGCUGCCGCAAAAGCAAGGAAAAAAUCCGCUUCGCUUCUCUACUGCUCAACUGUACCGCCGCUUUUUGGUUAAUAUCUCGUAAAUUACGAUCGCACGCACACCGGAAGAGCGAGCAGAAUGUCGAGCGUGCCAAAGCGAGUCAAACUAGACGGCGCCCCCGCCGAUGGUAACACCCCAGCCGGCAACAACGAGGAGGAGUCUGAGGCGCUGGAGCAGAUUGAUGCCUGCCAAAACGAGAUCGACGCGCUGAACGAGAAGGCCAGCGAGGAGAUCCUCAAGGUGGAGCAGAAGUACAACAAGCUGCGGAAACCGUGCUACGAAAAGCGCAGUGAGCUGGUCAAGCGGAUACCCAAUUUUUGGGUAACCUCGUUUAUCAACCACCCGCAAGUAUCCGGCAUUCUGGACGAAGAGGAGGAGGAGUGCCUGCACGCACUCAACAAACUGGAGGUGGAGGAGUUCGAGGACAUUAAGUCGGGAUACCGCAUCAAUUUCCACUUCGACGAGAAUCCUUUCUUCGAGAACAAGGUGCUCACCAAAGAGUUCCACUUAAAUUCAGCGGCGGCUUCUGAGAACGGUGAUUGGCCCGCGUCCACCAGCACGCCCAUCAAAUGGAAGGAGGGAAAAAACCUGCUCAAACAGCUGCUGACGAAGCCCUAUGGCAACAAGAAGAAGCGAAACUCCGAGUACAAGACCUUCUUCGACUGGUUCUCGGAUAACACCGAUCCCGUCAACGACGAGAUCGCAGAACUGAUAAAGGACGAUCUUUGGCCAAAUCCACUGCAGUAUUAUCUGGUACCUGAUAUAGAGGUGGAGCCCGAAGACGAGGAAGAUAACGAAGAAAACGAGGAGGAGGCAUUCGACGACGAGGACGGAGAGGAUGGUGAGGGCGAGGAAGAAGACGAUGAUGAAGAUGAUAAGUAAACUAAAUAAUUACGUACAUGUAAUUUAAGUUUGCUCCCAAACGAAGGCCCAAAGUGUUUACAAACACUUUCAACUAUAGUUUCCCGUGCGGUUAUCCCACAUUCACAACUAAUUCAGAAAUAUUAGGUUUCGAUUUAAGUAAAAAAAAGUCAAACGUAUUUCUAUGGAAGAGUAAAACAGAAAACGAGAAUCAACAUGAAAACAUUUUAAAAAUAAUAAAUUAAAAAGACGUGAAUCGAAUCUCAAAA